AAAAUAAUGAUUUUUGCUGUUAGUUGAAUGUGGCAAGUGCACCGGCGUUUUUAAAAUCGUCUAUCGAGAUAAUAUACCCAUCGGCCAUCACUUGUGCAACCACAGCUGAUAAUGUCUAAAACCCCAAAUGGUGAAGAUAUAUAACUAUUGAUUAAUAUAAUUAUUAACAGUUUCUAGAUAAAAAUGAUGUAAUGUCUUUGGACAAAAAUGUGAAUAUUGAAAUAUUUUGUUGUUAUUGUUAUUAUUAUUAACUUAAAACUUUCCGUGUUUCCUUGGUGGGUAUCUCCGUUACAGUAUUUUAAUAUGUUUACGAUCAUUUUAUAAUUAAAUAAUAUCGCUGUCGUGAUGUCACCAAAACCGUUCUAGUGGGGUACAUACCCGCAUACACUUUUAACUAACAAUACAGAACUGACAGAAAGUGCUAUGACUACGGCUAAGAUGGAAAUCGAAAGCUCUGACCUCAUUGAUGUACCAGAUGUUCCACCAGUGCCUGAUUAUAAAAGUCUUAAUUCAUGCAUUAAUUACCCGAAAUUCUUAGAUUUUGGCUGGGAAGUUUUGUAUAAAAAGUAUACAUACAAUUUUUUAAGACUGCUUGAAGACUAUCCCGAUAUAUGUCGAAUAUUUUUGAUUAUCAAAUUGGACUUAUUUCAAAACAAUUUGAAUAAUGUAAAAGCUGAAUUGAAUAAAUUUAAACUCAAUCAAUCCGACGCCGCUACUCAAUUAACAAAGAAUUUAGUAGGUAUAAUCCAGGACGCUGAUCCUAUUUUUUUGGAUAUUGUCGGAGAAAUUUACGUAUUUAAUCAUGAACAUUUAUAUGAAUACAUCGAAAAAAUAACAUCCAAGAAAAAAUGUUAUCCAAAGUUUAAAGAGCAUACUGAUCGCGUGAAAAAUAUAAAGAUAAUCAAAAGUUUGACAACAGAUUUUAAGAUUGAAGACUUUCUACGUAUGUGUCCAAACCCUGUUGAUUACUUUGAAAGUAGUACACAAAACACUGAACUAAGACGAUGGUACAACGAAUCUGUAACCUAUUUAAGUACAAAAUUUCCCUACGUAGCACUAAGUAAAAUCCGGACAUUACUAUAUUCGUUCCGCAAUAAUCUAACAAGCACAUACAAUGCAUUAGCGAAUGACCCGAAAACUAACACUUUGAAACGCAAAAGAAAACCAUCGUCUGAAGUGUUACACGAAGUAGUAGACGAUAUAGAAUAUUUAAAAGAAGUAGCUUAUUUAGAACAUAAAGACGAAAUAAUUAACUAUAUUGAAAACCAAAAGACUGUUUACAAGCUCAAAGUGGAAGAGGCUAAAUCUGUUGGCCAGCUUUGUACCUGCGAAUGUUGUUAUAAUGAUGAACUUUUAGUCAGUGAAAUACGUCUUUGUCCGAGCCGCCAUUUAUUUUGUUUAUCGUGCAUCAAGAAAGGAAUAGAAGUUGCUGUUGGCGGAAAUCAAUUGCGCCUGAAAUGUUUUGCAAACUGUGAUGAGGAAUUUAAUCUAGUUAUGUUGAAAGAUAUACUUGACGAAAAGCUGUAUCAACGUAUAGUUAGAUUGAAACAAGCUCAAGAAAUCAAAGAGGCCGAAAUUGAAGGACUUGAUACGUGCGCUUUUUGUGAUUAUUCAGUUAUUCUCUCUCCUAGCCAUAAAAUCGUUAGCUGUUUAAAUCCAGAGUGUAAAAAAGAAACAUGCAGGGAAUGUCGAGAAGAAAGCCAUUUUCCGUACAAAUGUGACCAAAUAGAAAAGAGCGCCGAAGUAAAAGUCAGGACCAUGAUUGAAAAUAAAAUGACUGAAGUCCUUAUAAGAACGUGCAGUUUCUGCAAUCGCAAGUUUGUCAAGGAAGACGGUUGUAACAAAAUGACGUGUAGCUGUGGCAAAAUAAUGUGCUAUAUAUGCAGAAAACCCAUUCCGCCUACAUACGAACAUUUUUAUCAUGAUAAAGUACAAGAAAACAAGUGUCCUUUGUACACAGACGAAAAUAUUGUUCACGCUACCGCAGUCGAGGCGGCUGCUAGAUUAAUUAUAAACGAGCUAAAAGAAAAACAGCCUGAACUAUUGAGACAUAUUGAUAUCGAUAAAAUCUUACCAGUUAUGAAAAAGACUUCGAGUUCCAAGUAUAUAUCUGCAUUAAACGUCAAUAGAUUAGUUGCUACGGUGAUUGGUCAAAAUGAAGACGAUGUGAAAAAGUUAACAGAUUUGAGAUUCAGAGAACCCCCUCAAAAAAAAGCAAGACGCUAAUAUGUGUAAUACAUAAAAUAAUAGUUUUAAUUUGUUACUAUCUUAUAUAAGUAACCUCACAAGAGUUGAUUGUUACCUAAACAAUCCUCGGCUUUCUUGUAUAACUAUAAUAUUAAAAAAGUUUUUUUUUUUCUUUUCUAUAACAUUUAUACUUUGAAUA